AUGCACUGGGUUUUGGUUGCGCAUACUUACUUCAAGUCAAAAGAAUCAGAAAUAGACAACCGAAAGUGGUUUCGGUGUACGAACCUGCGGUAUUGUUGUCUUGAUGAACAUCAUGACACUACAGUUAAGAUGAGAGACGGCCUUCUUAAGAAUCCCAAGAGGUUAAAAAUAUGUUGGCUGCGGAUUGCUGUAUCUGCUAAACGCUUAAAGCCUAUGACCCGACCCGACCCAGCCCAGUCCGGCCCUGAAAAGCCCGGCCCUGAUGGAGGGCUUUGGCGGGCUCAAGGCUCGGGCUCAAGAUAUGGAAAUCCCAAGCCCUGGUGUCAGGCUGCAAAACUUACCAUGGAGGUGACAUCUACACCUCAUUUCAUGCCUGUGGAUACCAAAAGCCCAGCAAAAUACCUGAGUCCAGCCCGACCCAAGCCUGACCCUGAGGUGGGCUUUGGCGGGCUCAGGGCUCGGGCUCACACAUUCCCAUUGCCUGACCCUCAAAAGCCCAGCCCAAGCCCGAAAAGCCCAGCCCGACCCGGCCCGGACAUCACUAGAUGGGUACAUUGUCGUCUACCCAUGCUAAUCCCCUUACCUUAUGGAGCUCUAUUUCCGGCGGUGAUGGUCCUAUUUGAGGAUGCUGUUAAUAAUCGGUUUUCAUCGCACGCUGUCUUGAUCAGAAAUGGAGACCCAGGCGUUGUCAUAGCCUUAUAGAAGCACUUGACACUCAUUCGACCUUCUCUACUAUCCCGAUCAUGAAACUUUGGAAAACUGAGACAACGGUAUUGCGAAGCGGACCCUGAUGCCGAAGGAUAUGUAGGCAGUAAUACAGACUCUUGGAUAUAUUGCAGUGAUCCAGAC